AUGCUGCCUGAUUUAGAGCAUAAAGGGUUUCUUAAGAAAAUGGAAAAAUAAAUCAAUAAUAAAUAAAAACUAGUACCAGUCUUUGCAAAAAACCCAUUUAAACCUGCUGCUCGUUUGAUGUAUGGUUCCAAGAGAUACACUAAUGUUAUAAAAUUCAAUAGUUGUUAAAAAUAUGAUAAUUUGAUUGACAAGCAUAUUGAUUCUUAAGCUCGAAACAAAAAUAAAUUGUUGUAAUAUGAAAUUAAGAACCCUCACUAGGAUGCAAUUAAAAAGAUCCUCUAAAAAUUAGAAUAGAGAACAUUUAAAAAUUAGGAAUAUGAACCUGGAUUAUUUACAGAAAUUAUACAAAACAGAAGAAUAAAAAAUGUGAUCAUAAACGAAGAUUAGACUAUUGAUUACUCUACUAUCGACUAUAGUAAAUAAUCUUUAAAAUUACCUCGAUUAAAUCAAUCUUUUGAUUUAGUAAAGUGUCACAAUGAAACUAGUGAUAGUAAAAUCUCAAAAUUAAAUCGACAUUAUCAAACAUAGAUUCAAUAUUAGUUAACAAUCAUAAAAAAUAAAGAAGACAUUUAGGAGCAUUAAAUCUUGAUAUUUGAUUAUUUUUAUUGUAUUGAGCAUUUACUAUUGGUAAACGAUAUGAAUCUGCCAUUUACUAAACUAAUCCAUACCCAGGGUAAUGUAUGCUAUUCACAUAGUCCAAAUCACUACUCUAUUAAUCCAAUUGAGAAACCUAUUGGGUUCAGAUUUUCUAAAUCAAAUAGAAAACCCUUAUACUCAUCUAGUAUAGCACCAGACCCAGGAGCGUCUUCACAAAUAUAACUUAAUUAGACAAUUACCUAAAAUGCCCCUUCAGCUGUUUUUACAACUGCCUAAGAUCACUAGAAGAAAGGAUUAGAAAUUGGUCCUGGAUCAUAUAAUUGGACUGAUUAAGAAAAGGCUCCAGCAUUUACAUUUCAAAGCAAAUUCGAUACUAUUGGUAAUCAGAUACUAUAAAACCCUGGUCCAGGAACUUACGAUCUUAAACAUUAUCAUACUCAUUAACCGUAAAAUAAGGGAUUGACAACAAGCAAGAGAGCUAAUAAUUUAACAUAAAGUACUCCAGGACCAGGGUAAUAUGACGUUGAAAUACCUAAAUUCUCAACUAACAUCAAGUAUACUAUAAUAUCUAACAGAUUUCCAAAAUCAUAGAGAAGUUUUGAAUUAAGUCAAAACGGACCUGGUCCAGGGGCAUUUGAUUUGAGUUUGCCUAAACAACAAGGAAUAACAUUUGGAGUUAAAGGAAAUCUACACAUCGAAAAAUCUAAUGUACCAGGUCCUGGUAGUUACAAAUUAAAAUCAUUUGUUGAAUCCGAAGAAGGAGAUAUAAAAUUGAAAAAAGGAAAAGGAGUCAAAAUUGGUACCUCCAAAAGGAGUAGUCAAAAUUAACUUAAGUUUGGUCCAUCUCCAUUAGAUUACGAUGUUUAAAAAUAUAAAUAUCCUACUAGACAUGCUAGUUUUGGAAGUGCAAUCAGAUAGUCAAUUAUUCCAAAUGAAAAAACUCCUGGCCCUGGAGCAUAUAUGGUUGAUUCCAAACUUCGAAGAAAUGGCCCCAUCAUUUCAAAAGCAUUAAAGGAUUAUAGCUCUUUGGAUAAUACUCCUGGUCCUGGGAAGUACAAUCCUAACAUAUCAAUUUCAUCAAAUAAGGGACCAAGUUAUCAUAUAGCUGGGAAAUAUGACAAACCUUAAGAAGGCAGUUUGGUUGGACCUGGAAGAUACAAUAUUUCAAGAAAUAUUGAUAAUGGUCCCAAAUACACAUUUCCAGCCCUAGAAAAAAGCAUGGAUAACAAAUCAUUAGAUGUUAAUUAGUAAUUUGCUCGAAUUUAUUCAAUAUAGGUCCCAUUGCUAUGA